CAUACCCUUCUGUGGCUCUCGUGCGGCGUAUUUAGUCAUCUCGGAGCUCCUGAUCAGUCAACUCUGGCGAUCGUCUUUUCUGCUGUUCUGUUCAGGGAUCUCUUCCAGGGCAGACUUUGAGGAGGCAUCACCCAAGAUGGCGCUAUACGUAGAUGAUGCAGCUGCAAAUAAUGGAAUAUCAGAUCCGGCUGUUUCAUCGGAAUUUGACUAUGAGGUGUUCUUGAGCUUCAGAGGGCCAGAUACUCGAAAAGGUUUUACUGACUUCCUUUAUAUUAGCCUAAUUGAUGCGGGAAUCCGUGCAUACAAAGAUGACGAAGAGCUGCGCGUCGGGGAAGAGAUUGGCCCGGAGCUUCUCCAAGCAAUCAAGCAGUCAAGAAUCUCCAUACCCAUCUUCUCAAAAUGUUAUGCCUCUAGCAAAUGGUGCCUAAAGGAGUUGGUCCAGAUGGUGGUGUGCAAGACUAACAUGGGACAAAAGAUCAUGCCCAUUUUUUAUGACGUGGAACCUUCCGAGGUUCGGUACCAAACUGGCAGGUAUGGACAGGCCUUCCUUGAGCACGAAAGCAAGAAUCGAUACGAUGAUGGAACUAUUAGCGAGUGGAAAGCCGCUCUUAGUGAAGUCGGAGCGCUAAAGGGAUGGGACCUACACAGUAUGCCCAACAGGAACGAAGGUGACUUCGUGAAAACAGUUGUCAAGAAAAUCUCCGGGGAGUUGAAAAAGGGAUUUUUGGUAUUAUCGGAUUGCUUGGUUGAAGUCAACGGUCCCGUGAGUGAGAUCAUGAGAAUGAUUGGCCCUCGGACACAUCAAACGCGGAUUGUAGGUAUCCAUGGAAUGGGUGGUGCUGGAAAGACCACUCUCGCCAAAAUCAUCUACAAUCAACUAUUACCUGAUUUUGAGGAUUGUUGUUUCCUUUCUAAUAUUCGAGAAACUUCAGAGGUAAAGGGUAUUGUGUGCUUGCAGAAUCAGCUGAUCUCCAACAUCUUCAAAGGUAAAUGGAAAGAUAUAAGCACCACAGACGAAGGGAUUGAGAUGAUUAAAGAUAGGAUGUAUGGUAAAAGGCUUCUCCUUCUCCUUGAUGAUGUUGACAAAAGGAGUCAACUGAAUGCACUUAUGUGCAAGCGCAAUUGGUUCGGUAUAGGAAGUAAGGUUAUCAUUACUAGUAGAAACAAAGAGGUUCUCAAUGUUCCUGAAGUGGAUUGGACCUAUGAACUUAACUGCAUGGAUUUCGACAAAUCUCUUCAACUUUUCAGUAAACAUGCCUUCAAAAGUGAUCAUCCCUUGGAUGAUGAUCUCGCCCACUCCAAAAUGGCGGUAGGCAUUGCUGGAGGUCUUCCUCUAGCUCUUGAGGUUAUAGGUUCACUUUUAUCAUGCAGCAGGAAAGAAAUGUGGGAUGCCAUAUUGAAAAAGUUGGAAAAAGUUCCUCAUGAGGAAGUCAGCAGUAAGCUGAAGAUAAGUUACGAGGUGUUAGAUGAUCGGCAAAAGUACGUCUUUCUUGAUAUAGCUUGUUUUUUCAUUGGAUAUGACAAAGAAACUGCAAUCCACAUGUGGGAUGAGAAUAAUUUUUUUCCGAAAGAAGCUUUGGAAGUUCUGCAGAAUAUGUCCUUGAUAAAGAUCGGAGAAAAUAAUACAUUGUGGAUGCAUGAUCUAAUUCGGGACAUGGGGCGAGAAAUCAUCCGCCGAGAUAGUAAUAUGGUAACAGAGAAGCAGACUAGGGUGUGGAAUGCUGUUGAAGCAUUAGAUUUGCUGAUUACAAGCCAGGAAAAGGAAAAAGUUGAAGCUCUCCAUCUCGAGUUGCUCCAUCCAGCAGAACACCGUUUUGCAGAUGAGGACUUCAUGAGACUUCCAAAUCUAAGGUUCCUUGUAGUUGAUGGAAGGAAUGAAGUGAACGGUCAGAGAAAAAACCUGAAUUUACUGCAACUAUUUCAUCUUCCGAUCAACGUUUUCAGGAAGGAGUCGCAUCUACUUCCUAAAUUGCGAUGGCUUUCUUGGAAUAUUAUUCCUCUAAACUUUGACAUAGCCAAAUUAUCCAUGAGGAAUCUAGUCGUUCUCAGUCUAGCACGGAGCACCAUUACCCAUCGUUGGGACGGUUGGAGCCAUAUAAAGAUGGCGAAGAGCUUAAAAGUUCUGAAUCUGUCGUGUUGCCAGAAAUUGGUUAAAACCCCGAACUUCUCAGGACUUGCAAAUUUAGAACGACUGAUCAUGUUUGACUGUGUAAGCUUGGUCGAAGUCCAUGAGUCCAUUGGUCAGUUACAGCGCUUGGUUUUCUUAGAUGUCCGCAACUGCUUGAACCUUCACUUGUCAAACGAGAUUCAUAACCAAAAAUCUUUGAAAGUGCUCCGAACUUAUGGCGGAACAAUGAACCUCAUUACAUUUUCAUCACCAUUUGUUGGGUCUGCUGAUAGUAGGGACGUCAACUCUUCGGAUCGGAUCGGGUUUUUAUGCUUUUAGGGCCGGUUUGGUUUGGGCAUUGUUGACAGCCCUAGUAAACAGGUGAAUCGGAUAAGGUCGGCCCAUUUUUUAAAUAAAUGGGAUAGAAAUAGCAAAGUCAAAGAAAGUAUGUAUGUUAAAUGGAUUCUCAGUUUACUUAUACCCAAUCCAAAGUGUGAUUCUCUUUUCCCUCCCUCUCUUUCCCUCCCUCACUCGAUCUCGCUCACUCCACACUCUAUACCCAGUCGAACAAUAUUAUUCGUCUUCCUCAAUCUCUCUGUCUCUGCGCUCUCAAAUCGACUAGGAAGCUCCGAUGGUUGCUGCCGAGGCCUCGCCAGCUCCGUCGCUUCGGAGGAGCCAUGUCCGUCCAAGAUGUUCAUAUACCGAGCUGUGGGUUUCUGCUCAUCUUCUUGGCCUACGGAGCUGCUCAGAAUCUCAAGAGCACUGUGAACACUGAGUUUGGGAGACGAUUGUGUUGAACUGCAGGCUCCAAGUUUGCAUUUCUUUCCGGGAAAAUCGAGAGAAAUCGAGGGUCGUGAGAUGAAAUCCUAGAACCAGAUUUUGCACUUCUGUUUCACUUGGGAUACUGCAUGCGUCCUUAGAAUUUUUCUCCUUGGCUGCUUCUCUGGGGGUUUCCGACAUUGGGACCCAAAAAUGCUAUUCUUCUUGGGACUACUGGUUAGUGACUGUUCAUGGCAGCGAAUUUGAAGCCAUCCUGGUAUGCCCUUUUGUGUUUGUAAGUUGUUUAUGUUACUCAGUCUGAUUGUUCAUAAUUUUCCGGUUCCAGUAUUUCAAAUAGUCGGUGAAUCUAUUGUAUACAUUGGUCAGGCCUUUUAUGCCACCACAAUGCAGUAUACGAAGUGGCUCCGGGCAAACAUAAGAACCUCCGAGCGCCUUAAUGAGAUGUCGCAGAUCACUAUGUUCUAAACUGCA